GCAAGCUUUCGCCAGUCAGCUCACGUCCAACUCGCGAAGCAACGACCGACCGCACCGACAACACUGCGUCGCAUUGGCCGCUCGAGUCCAUGGCUGCUGCACCUCUCACGCCCUCCCGACGGCAAUAGAAGACGCCAUGCAUGGCGCAACACAACUCGACAACGACCCCGGCUGAACGCUCCUCAUGGCUGCUGCCCACCAACCGCCGCCUGCGCAACCUGCUGGCCAUCUCCCUCCGCAACAUCUCGCUCGGUUUCGCCUCGCCGGUGCGCCGGAAAGACCAGGCCUACGAUGACGAUGCCCUGCCACAGACUCUCACGUCGCCCGCGAAGCUGCUCGCCCUCCAAGAGCAGAAGGCAUUGGGUCAUUCGCGAAGCUCGACCGAUCUGCGGGCAGUUGUGGAAGCUGCAGCUACCGAUGAUGAGCGUCCUCAAGAGGCCACUCCUGCUAGUCGAAGUCCGACAGCCACGUCGAAAAAGGGCAAGGAGAAUGUAUCACAGACUGCACAAGCAUCUCCACGACGGCCACAGUUGAGGAGGCCGAGGAGGCGAAGUACUCUGGAAUGGGCCAAUGCUACGCCGCAAAGGCGACAGGAGAAGCUGCAGGCUACUGUCACUGGGCGCAUGGCAGAUGCAUUCUUCAGCUUGCAUGUGCAGGGCGUUAAAGAGCCUGUAUAUGUCUCUGAAGUAGUCGAGCAAACCAUGAAUCCCACCUUUCGACACAUAGACUGGACAGCAUGUGCCCCGGGAGUCACGCGAUCGGGCAAUGUCAAGCUGCGUGUCUGGGCCAAAGGAGCCAAAGCUGGGAAUUGGCAGCAGUUGCUUUCCGUGGACAUUGCAUUGGAUGGCCUUUACUACUUGGGUAAAAAUAUGGACGCCCUCCACACGAAAUUGCCCGAGAACGCUGUCAUCAUGCAUAUGAUUGACGGCCUUUACGUUGCUCCCACCGGGUCAGUGGCUGAGCUCACGUCGUCUCGACCAGGCUCAGCUGCAACAGCCUCGUCUGUGCAGUCACGAGCGGUCAGCACUUCUUCCUUUGAUGCGCUGCUAAGGCUGUCCAAACUGGAUGACAGCAUUCAGGAUGCCCUGGCCACGCGUAACCAGAUCGCGGACGAUCUAGAACGGUUGCUGCAGGCGAGCAAGGCAGCUUUGACAAAUCGUGAUGCAGUCGCCGAAGCCGAAGAUCGCAUUAAAACGAUCGAUUACGCCAAGAAGACUGUGGAAAAGCAGCUCGAGAAGGCUCGCAAGCAGCAAGAAGAAAGACGUGCGGCGCUCAAGACUAGACGCGAUUUGAUGGCCUCAGAAGCCGCCACUCGCGAGAAUCACGAAAGGACCAUGCAACAGGUCAAGCCUGAAUUCCCAAGUAUGCGAGAUGAGCACGAGGCCAAGAAGAACGCAAUGCAAAACCAACGGCGACGAAUUUGUGAGGACCUGCAGCACAUAUACCCCAUUGAGCAGGUUUCGGGCAAAGUUCUGUCCUUCAGCAUCGGGGGCCUUCACCUCCCGAACUCGGACCAUCUGGACUCGGAGCCCCCAGAAACUGUGGCUGCUGCACUUGGCUAUGUUGCUCAUACUCUCCAGCUUCUGUCGUUCUACCUGUCGCACCCACUACCAUACCCGGUCACGCCACGGGGAAGCACUAGCUCUAUUCAUGACCCCGUUAGCAUACUGCAAACCAAAAACCCGAUCACAAGCGAGCAAGCCGAGGAUAAACUACGAACGUAUCCACUGUUCAGCAAGAGCAUGCCAAGGUUUCGUUUCGAGUAUGCGGUUUUCCUGCUGAACCAGAACAUCCGCAUAAUCUUGGACAGCGCUUUCAGUCUUCGGGUACUGGACAUACGGCAGACAUUGGCGAAUUUGAAGUACCUGCUCUACGUUGCAACUGCGGGUGAUGGAGAGCUUCCAGCUCGCAAAGCUGGUGGCAUCCGAGGUCUGAUGCGAGUGCCUGCAUUGGAGCGAACCGGUAGUGCCGACUCAGCGAGCAGUGGUCUCUCAGGCCUCACCUUGUUCAGUAACGGCAAAGCCAGAGCACAUGGAGGUGCUGCAGAUAGACUGCGGGAAAUCAGUGCCAAGGUGUCCUAGAUGAGAUAGAUCAUGCAGAUCCAAUCCGUUCAAAUCAAGGUCAGAAAGACGCCAUAGGCCUCGAUAGCUCCGCAAGAUUCCAGUCCAGUAAGCG